ACACUUGCAACAAACGAAACCGAACCUAAACACAAAAAAAAAAACAAAGGUAAAAAAAAAAUAGAUUGCUUUGUCUCGUUUCUUCUUCUCAUCAUCCACUAUGAACAUCAUCGUUCCUCUGUUUUCUCUCUUGAGAGCAACACUUGCUGCUUCUCACUUCUUGUUUGAAAGGCUCGUCUCUUUUGAAUGAACAAGGAAAAAAAAACCCUAGGCCGUUUUCAUCUGAGUCAGAUUCCUCUGUUUUCCGAGACAUUUUCCCGAUGGAUUCGAUUCAGUUUCACCACAUAAAGUUGGAGAAAUCGAGAAAAGUCGUGAGCUUUGUGCCGUUACGAGCCUUCGCGAGCUUUUUCCGGCUCAUCGAGCUGCUUCUUCUUCUCGUCCUGAUCUCGAACAUGUUCUUCCGGUUUCCGGUGGCCGUAAAAUUUUCCGGCGACGUUUUCAGGGAAGCCGCCGUGUUUCUCGUGAGCCCGAGAUUCGUGUUCGUUCUCGGAAACGCGAUAGUGAUCAUUCUCUUCGCGAAAUCAGGGCGAUACUCCGGUCAAGGUUCAUCAGACACGACAGAAACCGCGGGUGUUUAUCAAGAACUCGUACGGAAGAGCGAGAACAGAUCUGAAAUCGGACGGUACAAGAUCGAGGAGAGGGGAUCAGUGGAAGAGAAAAGGGUCCGUUUCGACGAGCGGAUCUGCAGGAGAAGUCUGUCGGAGAAAUCUUCUGAAGCGGUGAAGCCGGAGAAAUAUGGCGGGAAACUGAAGAGGUACGAAUCGGACAAGUGUCUGAGGAUCUGUGGUUCCGACAAGAAGCUGGUGAAGUUUCCGUACCAAGAAGAUGUUAUGAGCAGUGAAGAGUUCAGGAACAAGAUCGAGGCUUUCAUCGCGAGGCAAAAGAGAUUUCAGAAGCAUGAAGAACACUUUGUGAUUUAGUGUCACUUCAUCAGUGAAAACCUUUUUUUUUUUUUUUUGCCAUUUGAUUUUUCUGUUUUAAGAACAUUACUGUCUUACCCUUUGAAACCCUUUAAAAGGGUUUUUAUGUAAAUUGCCAAAUCAAUACAGCCAAUGGGAAGUUUCCAUACAUGCAUGGAAGAUUACAUA